UUGACAAGUAUGUAGAUCCCAUCGACGGCGUUCGGAGGGAGCACUUUGACAUGAAAAUGCCCCAUUGACAAGUAGAUCCCAUCUCUCCCACGAGAUCCCUCGAGUCUGCUCGCCAUGGCGAUGGUGGGGGAGGAGAAGGCCGGGGGGAGCAGGAGCAAGGUGUUGGUGAUUGGGGCGACAGGAAGAUUCGGUCAAGAGCUAGUGAAGGCGAGCCUCGCCGCGGGCCACCCGACCUACGCCCUCGUGAGGGAGCCGACCUUCUCCCGCGCCGACGCCUCCCUCCUCCUCCAAUCCUUCUCCGCCAGCGGCGUCACCCUCCUCAAGGGUUCCUUACAAGAUUUUCCAAGUCUUCUCGAAGCUCUCAAGCAAGUAGAUGUGGUCAUCUGUGCAGUACCAUCGAGUCAAGUGCUCGAACAAAAGCUUCUAAUUCGAGCUAUAAAACAAGCAGGGUGCAUCGAGAGGUUCAUCCCAUCUGAAUUCGGUGCCGACCCUGACAAGGUUCAAACCCUCGAGAUGGAUCAUGACUUUUAUAAGAAGAAAGCUGAAAUUCGACGUUGUAUCGAGAAAGAAGGCAUUCCUCACACCUAUAUUUCCUGUAAUUUUUUCCAAAGAUAUUUGCUCCCAUCACUUAUACAACCAGGUCUAAAGACUCCUCCAACAGACAAAGUAAAGAUUUUCGGUAGCGGUAAUGUUAAAGCUGUUUUUGUCAAAGAGAGUGAUGUUGCUACAUUCACAAUUUGUGCAAUAGACGACACAAGGACAUUAAAUAAGGUGUUAUACUUGAGACCUUCAGGCAAUGCCUACUCUCAGAAUGAGCUGACCGAGAUUUGGGAGGUUAAAAUGGGUAAGAAGCUUGAAAAGAUUCACGUAACAGAGGAGCAGCUUCUUAAAAGUAUUCAUGAGACCCCAUUUCCGAGCAACAUAGACUUGUUCUUUAUAUAUUCUGCGUUCGUAAAAGGUGAUCAUACAUACUUCAGCAUCGACUCCUCCGGCCUAGAUGGAAGCGAACUAUAUCCACAUGCUCGUAGCAAGAAACCACGAAGAACCUGAAAGGUCAGAUUUACUAGAAACAGCUUGAUAUCUGUCAGUACUACUCGAAAUAAAUUUGGGAACGCACUUGAAUGCUUCCGCAAAUGUACUUUAAAUCACGGGGACAGAGAUGGUCUGAAUCAAAGCAACGAUCUUGAUAGAACAAUUAAAUCAUCGUAAAGAUCAUCUCGUCAGUCGCCCACGGCCAAUGACUCUUCCAAUUUGUCUUGAUCAGCUCUGUUUCACGAGAUUCUACCGUCGUUAGGAAGACCAACUCCUGUUGUUCGUGAUGAGGAAGGCAUCUAAUUUUUCUUCUUACAAGAUUUUGCUGCCUCGAGAGACUUAUCAUGCUUUCGUUAUGUUUAUGUCUUGGGGGAAAGAACAGAGAAAUGCACAGCUACUAAUCGAUAUGUUUGCCGAUGAAGCCAGAUUUCAAUGAGCGAGGACAUAAUGUCCGAAGAGCAGGAGCGACGCACACAGGUAGAGAACUCUUCAUGCUGCGGACAAAAGGGAAGAUCACGUGAACACACAGCGCAUCUGCUCAGUUUCUAAAGGCAAACAAUAAAGAAGAGAUGAGCUUUUUCCGGUUCGACAUGAAAUGUGGUACGACUUCAUCGUCGAUCAAUAAAACUCGAGAGUCGAUCACAACAACAACAAGGAAAUCUCUUGUCACUUCGGCAGGGUCGUCUUUUUCACUUCAUUGAGGGAACACCUCAGUCUAUCUCGGGGGAACGAGCCAAGAAGCAUCGACGAUCCAACAAGUCCCUUUCUUCUUCCCCCCGAUCCAAGAAUCAAUCGAAACAUACGAAGAAAAAGCAUGCAAUGGACCCUAUUUUCCAGAGCGCAGUCGAGUGUUUGUUCGAAUAAUGACAGUAAUGAUAGUAAUAAGAAGUUUUAUCUCA